AUGGAUUUUACUACUACUACUACUACUACUACUACUACUACUACUACUACUACUACUACUACUACUACUACUACUACUACUACUACUACUACUACUACUACUACUACUACUACUAUUACUAUUACUACUACUACUAUCCAUAAAAAAUCCAAACCAACACUAAACCACAAAGUGCCUAUUUCCAAGUCUCCAAACCUUAACUCUACACAUAUGCUCCGCACCCCUCCCAUUCCUCCCAAAGAAAAGAAAAAUCAUAAUCUACCUCCAAUAACGACUUUUCAAAGCUCUAAAGUAAGUUAG